AUGUCCUGGUGGAAUCAUACCACCAUAAACGAAUUCAUUUUUCUUGGAUUGACCAACCAAACAGAGCUACAAUUACCUCUCUUCAUUCUAUUCCUAAAUGUGUAUGCUGUCACCUUAAUGGAGAAUCUGGGCAUGAUUUUACUAAUCAGAUUUGAUACACAGCUUCAAACCCCCAUGUACUUCUUUCUUAGUCAUUUAGCUUUUGUGGAUAUCUGCUAUUCUUCAGCCAUCACUCCCAAAAUGCUGGUGGAUCUUUUAGCAGAAAGAAAAACCAUUGGAUUUUCAGCCUGUGCAACUCAAAUGUUUUUGUUUGUGAUCUUUGGGAUUACAGAAUGCCUUCUGCUGGCCGUAAUGGCCUAUGACCGUUAUGUAGCUAUUUGUAAUCCUUUCCAUUACCCAGUCAUUAUGUCCAGGAAAACAUGUGCUUGGCUUGUAGCUGGUUCCUAUGCAGUUGGCUUAUUUCAUUCAUCUACACACACCAUAUUCACAUUUACUUUAUCCUUUUGUGGCUCAAAUAAAAUCAAUAAUUAUUUCUGUGAUAUCCCUCCACUGCUUCAGCUUUCUUGUUCUGACACCCAUAUCUAUGAGAUGGUUAUAUUUGCUCUGGUUAGUAUCAACUGUAUAACCACCACAAUGACCAUUAGCACCUCCUACACCCGCAUCCUGAUUGCAGUCUUAAGGAUAAGCUCCACAGAGAGUAGACAUAAAGCUUUUUCCACCUGUAGCUCCCACAUGACUGUAGUUGCCAUGUUCUAUGGGACAAUUUUCUUCAUGUAUCUACGACCAAGCUCCACAUACACUCUGGAUCAAGACAAGGUGGCCUCUUUGUUCUACACAGUGAUGAUCCCUAUGCUGAAUCCCAUGAUCUAUACCCUGAGGAAUCAAGAGGUGAAAUGUGCCCUUCAAAGAAUGAUUAGGAAGUCUGUUGUUGCAAAAUGGAAGAGCAGAACAAAAGAGACACUUUAA